CGUUCCUUGUGGCGGCGCUGGUGCCGGAUGCCUACGCCAGAAAGAAAACUGUUCUUAAAAAACCAUCUCGCGUUGUGUUUGACACCGUUGUUUCCAGCCUGUAUGGAGACUACGAGGUUCCCAAGAAUGACUCUGAAGCUGCCAGGAAAGCCGUCAACGACCCAAUUGCAGCGGCGCAUAUGACACUGAAAAUCUACAA